UCACAAUAUAACACGUAUGUAUUAUUAUAGCAGCAUUACUUUGCGUACCUACCUUAAUUAUUAAUAAAAGUUAAAAGCAAUGUUUUGAUUUUUAAAUAUUCUUAUAUAUUUCUUUAUUUGACAAUUAUAACGGGGCAAUGCAAUUAAGAAACGUCGUAUCGUUAGUACUUUUAAUUUUAUCAGUUCCUUUACAAAUUUACUUAAUGAGAUAUAACCGUGAAAUAAAAGAAUAUAUUUUGCAAUUGUUUAAAAGUUUACCCGAUGAAUUAUAUGAUAGCGAUUAUGUUAUGGACUAUAUCGAUCCAAGACCUUAUUUAUGGAGCAUAUUCGAUUACGCUGUACCGACAACGCAAGACGUCGAGGAAAGCGAAAUUCCCAAGGACGACAUUCACGAAUUUAGACCACCCCAUCUUAAGUAUAGAGUAGGAGACGUAGUGCUUACAUAUGAUUUGAGUAUAGCCGUAGUGGUCGGAUGGUCCAUUGAUAUGUCGGACUUAACCAAAGAACCCGUUUAUGUUUUAUUGAUAGAGAACAAAAACGAAUCGUCUUUGGAGCAACAGGAUCGUAUGUUACUACUGCUAGACGUUGAAGUACACCAUACAAUGAUAGAACAUUAUUUUGAGAAAUUCGACGGUACAAGAUAUUUACCGCGGGACUGGUUGAAAAAAAUGUAUCCAAAAGAUGUUUAAAAGAAAUACUUUUUUUUAAUAAUAAUUAAUGAAUUAAAUUAAGUGUAAAAUUU